UGAUGACGCCAACAAAAAUAUUUAGAACAAGCACACAACAAACCCAAGACAAACCAAGAAACCGACGAAACCGUUCUUUUCGGGACCCGUCGUUAAAUAUGGUGUCAUACUGCAAAGUGAGUGCACUGAUAACAUGGUGGCUCCUGGGAACUACACUAGCUGAUAAGUCGACUGCUCUAGUCAAGCGAGAGGCCGGAGGAGUUGGUCUUUCCGGUAGCUACGGAGCACCAUCAUCGCCUUCAAGUAACGGAACUCCAGGAGGUCCUGUAUCACUUGCUGGUGUGGGCGGAUUUGGAGGAGGUGGUGCUCCCUCGUCGAGUUAUGGAGCUCCUAGUGGCGGAUUUGGAGGAGGUGGUAGUCCUUCGUCCAGUUAUGGAGCUCCUAGUGGCGGAUUUGGAGGAGGUGGUACUCCCUCUUCGAGUUAUGGAGCUCCUAGUGGCGGAUUUGGAGGAGGUGGUGCUCCCUCGUCGAGUUCUGGAGCUCCUAGUGGCGGAUUUGGAGGAGGUGGUAUCCCCUCUUCGAGUUAUUUAGCUCCUAGUGGCGGAUUUGGAGGAAGGGGUACUCCCGUGUCGAGUCAUGGAGCUUCUGGUGGCGGUUUUGGAGGAAGUGGUACUCCCUCGUUGAGUUAUGGAGCUCCUAGUAGCGGAUUUGGAGGAGGUGGUACUCCCUCUUCGAGUUAUGUAGCUCCUGGUGGCGGAUUUGGAGGAAGUGGUGCUCCCUCAUCGAGUUAUGGAGCUCCUAAUGGAGGAUUUGGUCAAAGCGGUACUCUUUCGUCAAUUAAUGGAGCUCCUAGUGGAGGAUUUGGAGGAGGUGGUACUCCCUCGUCGAGUUAUGGAGCUCCUAAUGGAGGAUUUGGACAAAGCGGUACUAUUUCGUCAAUUAAUGGAUCUCCUAGAGGAGGAGUUGGUGGAGGUGGUACUCCCUCGUCGAGUUAUGGAGCUCCUAAUGGAGGAUUUGGAGGAGGCGGAACACUUUCGUCGAGUUAUGGAGCUCCUGGUGGCGGAUUUGGUGCAGGUGGUGCUCCUAGUAGUGCCUUUGUAGGAAGCAGUUCUUCAUCCAGUCACAAGGCUGCCAAUGGAGGAUUUGGAAGUAGAGGUGGUGCUGUCUUGUCUAGCUACAGUGCUCCUAGUGGUGGAUUUGGAGACGGUGGAACUCCGUCGUCGAGGUAUGGAGCUCCUAACAGUGGAUUCGGUGUAAGUGCAUCUUCGAGUUUCGGCGCGUCAGUGACACCUUCGUCGAGUUAUGGAGCGCCUAGUAGUGGAUUUGGUGGAGCUACCUCCACUUCAAGAUUCGGCGCACAGGCGGCACCUUCAUCAGGUUAUGGAGCUCCUAACAGUGGAUUCGGUGUAAGUGCAACUUCGAGUUUCGGCGCACAGGCGACACCUUCGUCUAGUUAUGGAGCUCCUAGUAGUGGACUCGGUGUUGGUGUUUCGUCUUCGAGUUUCGGUGCAUCAGCGACACCUUCAUCCAGUUAUGGAGCUCCUAGUAAUGGAUUCGGUGUUGGAGUAUCGUCUUCGAGUUUCGGCGCGUCAGCGACACCUUCAUCCAGUUAUGGAACUCCAAGCGUUGGACAAGAAGGCGGUGGUAUAAUUCCUUCGACCAGUAACCGCGCUCCUUCUGCUCCUUCGUCGAGCUACGGUGCGCCGUCCUCGUCAUUUGGAACCCCGUCAGCAUCAUUCGGGUCAUCGAACAGGCCCGGAAUUGCAAGCUUUGGAGCACCAUCUCCCAGCUACAGCGGACUUGGAGCGCCAUCAGGGAGACCAUCUAAUCCAUCCGGAAAUUACGGGGCCCCUCCAUCUACAAGUUAUGGAGCACCCUCUCCGAGCUUUUCCUCUGGAUCCUUUGGUGGGGGAGAACCAUCCCAAAAUUAUGGAGCGCCUUCAAAUCCCUCAGCAACAUCAAAUCGUUACGCAGCCCCUGCGGCGCCUUCACCAGGCUAUGGUGCACCUACUUCGGCCGGUUCUUUCGGUGGAGGAUAUUCUUCACAAAUACAUGGCGCCCCUGGAGGAACUGGAUCGUUCGGAGGUGGUGCACCUUCCAGACCAUCAGGCAGUUAUGGAGCUCCGAGCGCAGGUUCUUUCAGCAGUGGAGUUGCUGCAUCCGGUAGUUACGCUGCACCUGCGUCAACUUUCGGUGCUUCCAGCCUUUCUUCUGGUUCGCUAUCCCAGAGUUACGGGGCCCCUUCAGGGCCAGCUGCUACACACGGUGUUCCUUCGUUGCUUUCAUCAAGUUACGGCGCACCGAGUGCUUCAUCUGGAUCUUUCGGAGCUCAGUCUCAAAUUUAUGGGGCUCCAUCGGCUGCACAAUCACGUGGGUCAUCAAGAUCAGCGGGGGUUUCCAGCUCUUCAAAUAAAUUUUCUCAAGGAAGUGCACCGUCAAGGAGUUACGGUGUACCAGCAACCAUAGGACAAAGCUACUCAAGUAAUGGGGGUUAUGUAUAUUAAUUUUGUAGGUAUAAAUUUCCAUUGAAUUGGCAGUAUUUUCCAGACUUGGAAUCCAAAGUUACGUUUAUCUCAGCUUCCGUAAUAUCAUAUUUGAAAUAAAUGUCCUAUUUCAUAGAAUGAAGGUCUGAAUUUGGUGUUUUAUCCUUUCAGUAUUACAGAAUCUACGUACAUAACUUAUUAACGUAUAAGUUAUAUGUGGCACCUGAACGUUCCAUAUCAUUACAGAUAAUAUCAUUUCUUAUUUACAUGCAGAUAACUAAAAUAUUUUC